UUUCCUUAUUAGUAUGUGUUUAAAUAUACCACUUAGCAACUAUAGAUAUAAACGUUUAACUAAUAAGCCUUUCCGAGAGAAGAGUUAUUUUAAAAUAUUGGUCAUUAUGGAGGGGUUAGGUAUCACUAUAAAUUGUUAAUAAAAUUAUGUGGGCCCUGAAACUAAACUCAGGCGUAGAGACGAUAAACAGACAAUAACACAGGGCCAUGUGGUCGUCAUCACCAGGAUCGAUUUGGAAAUCUUUAAGUUUUAUACAUAUUACGUGAAUGAAGUUUCCAUUGAUCUAACCUGUGGAAAAGAAUGGAGCUUUCCUUUAGACACUGUAUAAUAACGGAUUGUAUUAGAAUACUGUGUCAGCCUGUAUAGCAGGGAAGUUUAAUCUGUGAUUGUGUGAUGUAUUUUAUACACACGGCAUUUAAGCGAUGGUUUCCUGUUCCUAAAUACAUGGGAAUAUAAGAAAGACUCUCCCAAAUAUCAUUGUAGAUAUAUACCGAGCAUGCAGCUAGGAAACUAGAGCUACGUGGAGAAAACUGAUGUGGAUCAGUACAAAAGGACAUUAGCUCAGAUGGUUGGACAGUUGUAGGUAUCUGAUAUAGUUGUAUAUAUAUAUAUAUCAUCAGCGCAAGGAGACGAGCAGUAUUGAUAAAAGCUGCUGCUGUAGUCUGACAGCAGCUGACAAUAAUGAUGAUGGCGCUAAGUGACAAAGCGGAGAACGUGUCAAGGGACUACCUAAGACUUGUUGACAAGGUUAACGAUAAACUCAGGACACUCAGGGCCGACCUGAUUUCCAUGCGACGACAGGACGUCAAGUUGUUGAAACAGCUGGUAAACAUCAAUGACGUUAUCCAGGCGAUGUAUCAGCGAGCCAAGGAGGUUAGAAGCGAUGAAGACGAUGAAACUGAUGAACUCCAAAACAUGCGGACGACAGAUGUAUGGCGGGAAACGAGCAGACGAACACCACUUGUACGUCAACAAAGUGUGCCUUACUACUGCGGGGCACCCCGGAUGCUCACCGCAACAAGCAUAGGGGAUAGCAUGGAAGGGUUGGACGAGAUUGUGGCAGAGGAUGACUCUUCCCUCCUUAUCGGUGAUGUCACAGAUGAUACAGAUAGCUUAUUCUCCAGCUCGGGAGCCCUAACAAUACCAGUGUUCAACAGACACUACAUCCGACAAAGGGCUAUUUCCUGUGAAACGACCUCGAAUGAACAAAAUUCAUUGGACGAUAGUCACUUUGAAAAUAUGUUAAUGAAAAAUAUUCAGUUAUGGAAAUUUUCGUUAGACAAGGAUUCUAAUAGUGAACUAAGUGUGUUACAAGCAAGAUAGUAAGUUAUAGGAAUUACAUGCAGAUGAAAUUGUUAUGAAUAUCUUAUUUGACGUUUAUGUGUACUUUGAUGUUAUAUCUUCAUUUGAAACCUUAGUUUUAUUAUUAUACAACUAAUGUUUAAAUGAAAUAAACUGAGUAAAGUUUGCCAUGGCAGUGGUAAGUCAUGUUCAACAAGAUUUUCAAAUAAAUGAAUAAAUUGUAAGAUUUUUAGUGAGUGGAUUACACUUUAAAAAAUAUCAUGUGGCCAACGCCUUGAUUAACUACAAGGUCAGGCGGAACUAGUAGGCAUUAUUGAUGUUUUUUCUCCUGAAUGUCUUCCCCACCAACCAAAUAUCUCUAGAUGGUGACAGCUACCAACGUUACUUAUAGUCGCUUGGUUUUAUAAUUUAAAACAUGUCAUAAGGAGAAAAGAUGUAGAUUAAGGUAUGGAACGAAAUUUUAAUCGAAGCAAAUAUUCAAAUAAAGUGUCAGUAAAAGACAUACAUAUAGGUUAUGACUGAAAUAAAGCAAAAUGUUAUCAAUUUAAUAGUAUUUUCAUAAAUAUAUUUUCGUACUGAAUUUGGAAACUUUAUUUAAUUACCACAUUCCCUUUAUACGCGUUUGAAAUUAUGCUACUUUUUAAGAGUUACAUCUAUAUCAUUUUGAAUAUUUUAUUACUAUGUCAUAUCAAAGUCAUUACGAUUACAGAAUAACGAACAUUGAAAAAAAUGUAUGAAGGGGAGUAACUCUGAGAGUCUUGGCUUCAGGUUGAUUCGUAUCUAAUGUCUUUCAAGGGGAAUGAUCCAGCUUAUCUUAAUUUCAAAGUGUAAAAAAUAAUUAAUUUAAAGAGACAUACGCGUACGUGUAACUAUUUAUCUGGUCAAUGUUCAUUAUCAUGGCGCAAAACAAAAAUCUAGAAACAUAGUUCGAACUAAAAGUCAUUCAUUAUUCUCAACAUGCGAGCCUUAAUGUAAUCAAAAUAUUAAAUAUAACAAUCCAAAAGUUCGUCUGUGUUCAUUCUACACCUUUCUAUGAGUUUUUGUCUGUUUUUACACAUAAUCAAUAUCGCAGAGAAUUAAACAUGAUUCAAGUACAACAUGCUAGUAUUAAUCAUUUUCUGUUAUAUGUAACGAAAUAUGAUUAUAAUACUUUACCUUGUUUUUAACUCUUAAGCUAACCGUACUCAUAUACUAGAGCUGAAGUACUGAUUGUUGUAGUAACAAAACUUCAAAGGCUGUAUUAUAAGUUGUGAAGUAACCUGCACUUACUAAAAAGCGCUUCUCUGAUGAUCAAUGACGCUUAAUUGAUAGAUUGAUCGUAUAGCGAUAUAGCGGUACGUUCCUGGAAUGUCGAGGACAUCAAGAUAGAAACAUCCACGUUAUUGGAAGGCUAGGUGUUUGUCGAUAUGGACAAACAAUGUAUAAUGAUUUACACGGUACACAUGAUGUUCGUUUAACCAAACAACUGGAGAGGAUUAACGCGGUUUGGUAAAUACAAACCAGACAUAAAUGACCAUCUAUAUUUAUAUUAUGGGCCUUUGUGGCGACUGCUGAUCGUAUGUUUGUAUUUAAUCUUUUGGGCCAGUGCUAAGUAUAGGAGAGGAAGCGUUGAUUCAUUACCUGAUUGAUAAUAUCAAUUAAUUAAGCACAAUUACAGUGAAUGUCACGACUCUUCCUUUUUAGUCUAGGAUAGACGUGUCCUACUUUGCUGUCUCUUUUUCCUUAACACCGGUAAACGUACAAUCAUCUAUGUAUCCAUGUAUAUUGUAUGGAUAUAGAAUGCCUAGUGCAUCGUAUCCAACGUCAUUCAAAGUCACAUUAGGUAACACUUAAGUAAAGGCAUUAUGUCACAGUUAAAGUAACCAGAUGGAUUAUACUUAUGUAAGUUAAUGUGUUACUUAAAAUUUAGAUAGUUUCAUUUAGAGGUUCGUCUGUGUACAGUUCAAUAUGUAACAUUGUUAAGUAAACUGUUAUAGGGCAUCAUGGGUUGAUCUAGCAAGAUCACUUGUGCGAUUGAAAUAAGUGAUUGGCAAUUUACAAUUUGUAUUUCAUGAAUGCAUAUGCCAUAAGUCUAUCUCUCUUUAUUAAGUAUCCAGAAGCGUUUAUGUCAUGAGCAAAUGCAUUGUGACUAGUUUCCGUUGUGAAAGUAGGACAUACAUGUAGGUUUACCAUGAUUGAAGUUUCCGUGAAUCCAUAUCCUUUCGGAAAAUGCAAAACAAGAUAAUACCUUUUGAGUACGGGUAGUCUCAGGUGUUUCCUUCAAAGAUACUGGCAUGGUUCAGAAUAUCCACACGUGCUUGAUGUCCUUUUUAAAAAUCCAACGUUGGAAUAUAUGACAUGUAUUGAAUUAUGUGUCUUUGAUGUCUCUUUCGACCUUUAUUUUAUUUUAGUUUUCUCCUUCGCAACAAUUAGUUAUUUAGUGUUAAUCACUAAGAGGUGCUGAAGGACGAAACAACUGCACGUGCAUUUUAAUGCAUUUUCCCAAUUUAUAUAUCUUACUUUCAAUAUUGGAUUGACAAGUGCUGCUACAUGUUUUGAUAUUCUUACAUCGAAUUAGUGUUUCAUAAGAAAGGAAACAUAAGAUUGCUUUCUCUACGCAAGUGUAUAAUGUUUAACAAUGUACAUUUUCACAUCCGAUUAUAUAAAGCAUGCAAUACUCAAUAUAAUCUAUAAUAAACAUCCAAUGAUAUAAAACAAGCAAUGGUUCAAUGAUAUAUCAGGUAUGUCAAAUAUAGUAGUCGUGUUUAGUACAAUUUGCAUGUAAUACAUACUGUAUCGCCCUAGAAUAUUAUCGUAAUGCAAAGACAUUGAUAAUAAAGUCAUAUCGUACUCGG